UGGAGAGACGAAGCUCGUGAUCGGGAAGAGUCUCAGGAACGUGGAAAGAUGAAGACCGAAAUCGAAACGGAGACAGAGUGCACGGACAGCAUCCUGUGUUCGAACAACAACAACGUGAACGCGAACAAUAAUAACGUGGCCAGCAUCAAGAAGGUCGGUACCACUAUCAGCAACAACGACAGCCACGAUGGAAUGGAAAUGGACUGCGGUGGUUGCGGGGAAAGCGUCCGCGAGCGCACCGUCCUCUGUGUAGGGGGUCGUACCUGGCAUUCCAGGUGUCUGAAAUGUUGCGCCUGUGCAAGGCCCCUGCACGAUCAGCACUCCUGUUUUCUUCGAGGGAUGCGGCUUUACUGCAGGCACGACUACGCCUUAACGUUUGGUGCAAAAUGCGCGAAAUGUGGCCGAAGCGUGGGUGCCGGGGACUGGGUGAGAAGGGCCAGGGAAAGGGUUUAUCACUUGGCUUGCUUUGCGUGCGACGCCUGUUCCCGGCAGCUGUCCACGGGGGAGCAAUUCGCCUUGCUGGAUGCCAGAUUGCUCUGCAAGGCUCACUACCUCGACGUCGUGGAAGGAAACAAUACUUCGUCCUCGGAAGACUGCGACUCCGAACACGGCGGCAAAGGCAGCAAGACGAAGAGGGUCAGGACGACUUUCACGGAGGAGCAACUCUCGGUUUUGCAAGCGAACUUUCAGUUGGACAGCAAUCCCGAUGGCCAGGAUCUCGAGAGAAUAGCUCAUGUCACGGGACUGAGCAAACGAGUGACGCAAGUCUGGUUUCAGAACUCGAGGGCCAGGCAGAAGAAGCAUAGUGGAAAGAUCAAGACGCAAAUGCAUCAUUCACCGCCAAUGCAACAUCAUCCGGGAGACUUGUACCCUACCAGCGUGAACAUGGUAGGCGCCUAUUUGGGUGGAUAUCAGGGUGGCAGCGCAGGAAGCGAAAGUCCUGGCAGUCCACUGACACCUCUCACCCCUCUGACACCUCUCACCCCAACGACGCCCAAUCACCUUCAAGCGCAGUUCUGUCAUCAAACGGGGUAA